UCUGCGUUUCCCUCCAAAAUGUUACCCAAUCUAAACCUAAUCUCCUGCAAUUUAUCAUCCUCUCCGUCACUAUUACUAAUUAGACCGAUAAAUCCUAGAACUUCGUUUCAGUCGAUUCCCAGAUCCCAAUUUGCUAUCUCUAAAGUUUCAUUUUUCAAAACUGUAAUAAAUCAUAGAAUUUCUCUUAAACCUUGCAAUAAUCUCUCAGUUUCAGCUGCAUUUUCCCCAUUUAAGAGACCUGGGUUUCUUCAAAUUUAUAGAAGUUCUUUUAGUAUCAAGAAUUCAGAGAAUGAUGUGUUGAAGAAGAGUACAAGUGAUGAAAGUAAGCUUGGCAAUAGUGGUAAUAACAAUGGUGGAGAUUGGACGACUUCAAUUUUGCUAUUUGGUCUAUGGGCUGGACUUAUGUACUAUGUUUUCAUGCUCACUCCGAAUCAGACACCGACCAGGGACAUAUAUUUCUUGGAAAAGCUCUUAAAUUUGAGGAGAGAUGAUGGAUUUGAGAUGAACCAGGUGCUAGUGUCAUUGUGGUACAUCAUGGGCCUGUGGCCCUUAGUUUAUAGUAUGCUUUUACUUCCGUCUGGUAGAAGCUCAAGAAGCAAAGUUCCUGUGUGGCCAUUCCUAGUUCUUUCUUGCUUUGGUGGUGCAUAUGUUCUUCUUCCAUAUUUCGUUCUUUGGAGACCACCUCCACCUCCAGUAGAAGAAGCUGAACUCGAGAAAUGGCCUUUAAACUUUCUGGAAUCAAAAUUAACUGCCGGGAUAUCAGUUGCUGCAGGAUUAGGUCUGAUCAUAUAUGCUGCACUGGCUGGUGGAGAUGCAUGGAGAGAAUUCUAUCAGUACUUCAGAGAGAGCAAAUUUAUCCAUGCCACAUGCCUUGAUUUCACUUUACUGUCAACAUUUGCUCCUUUCUGGGUGUACAAUGAUAUGACUACCAGGAAAUGGUUUGACAGAGGAUCAUGGUUGCUGCCCUUCUCACUAAUUCCAUUCGUAGGUCCUGCUUUGUAUCUAGGACUGCGGCCACCAAUUCCAGCUGUUGAGCCUGCAUCCAUCACUUCCAAUACUAACAAGAAAGAUUAAUAGAUCUCUCGUUUGAUUGGUUGGUUGAUUGAACACGAAGAAGUGCUGGAAAUCUUGGAAUUUUAUAUAUGUUUGUACGUGCAUAUCUUAUUUGUAAAGGUGGUUGUCCUCAAAAAGACCAGUUUAACGGUUAUUUUCCUCUUUUCCGGAAAUUAUCAAGGCUUUUCUUAUCUCCUUGGUUUUAGUGAUUUUUCUUGAAGCAAAGUUUCUGGGUGUCUUGUUGGAGCCAUAGUCCACAUCAUUUAGAUGGUAUAAGGGAUGACUUAUUGAUAACAACACUUAACCACACUAACUCCUCUAUUUUCCUCUUAUUUUGUGACAGCGUGUCAUUCACCGUCACUCCUUGUGACGUGUAACUUUUUCAUUGGUGCUUUUAAAUCUUAACCUAAUUGGUCAUCUGUGUAUGUUGGUGUCUGUUAUUAAUAGUUUCCUUUCUCUUUUCGGUUGAUGUAAGAAAGAUAAUUAUUUUGAGUAAUUGCAGAGAGUCUGUAUUGUUGUUCUUGAA